GCCCGACCCCAUAGGCGUCCGGCCCCGGUCGCGUGUGCGUGGCGCGUGCGUGCGCGCGUGUGUCCGCGUGAGUGCGUGCAGUGAGUGGUUCGACAUGUGACUGGAUACGCCCAGCGGAGACGGAGACGCCACCUGAGCCACGACGGGCCGACGGGCCGACGGGCCGAGGCGUCAGAGUGGCUGUCAUGGGAUUUCAGUGCGACCCAGAAGUGUUGUAGUCCAGCCUGACUGGCGGACUGUGUGCACCGUGGAAGGUGGACGAGUUGGACUCAGGAAAGGAUAACGUCUGGAGUACGCCCGUCGCGGAGCAAUAACAGGGCUGUUCCGGCAAUGGAAGGCUUAGAAGAGUGUCAGAAGUUUCCAAAUGGGGGUCCAGUCGCGCGGCCAAUCUGGGCCUCCCCAAACGCUAGCAGCACGCCGCACCCAGCAAUCAGGAAUUGCUACACCUACCAACCCCGCUCAGCGCCCACCUGAUGCAGCAUGGAUCCUGCGCGCACCAGCGGAGGGGAAGGGGCUUCCUCAGGGGUUCCUCAUGGGGGUCCCCUAGGGGGUCCCCAUGGGGCUUCCCUUGGGGCCCCCCUUGGGGCACCCUCUCCCAGCGGAGGUGGAGCAGCAGCAGGCGGAGGAGGAGGAAGUCUGGCCGGGCUAGGUACCUCGGGAGCGAUGACGGGUGUGGCUUUGUAUGGAGCGGCAGCCGUGGCAGGAGAAAGAGGUGCCGGCAUUUCCCUUUCACCGUCUCCACCUCCAGAGGGGUCGGACGUGGUGCUAGGCGACUUUAUGCAACGGCUGGGUACCCGUCUAAACCUGCUAGAGAGCGAGCUUAAGUAUGCUUGGCGGGCUCUCGACCUUCUAUCGCAUGAGUACAUUCGCAUGUGGACUCGCCUGGAGAAACUGGAGGCGCUGCUCUACGAGCAGCAAAACGUCAUCGGCCAGUUGCUUGAGUUCUACUCUUCCGUUGAAGCUGGAGACCCUGCCACACACCGCCUCCCGCUGGACAACGCCCGAAGAGCUUUACAGGCGAUAGCUGAUGCACGCAUGGGGGGUUUCGACAAACAAAAGGCCAUCGAAGCCGGGGAAGCUGCAGCCGCGGCUGGGACGGCAGUUAUUGACACCUUAGUAGAUGAAAUAUAUGGACUGCCCGGAGAAGCGUUUUAUCGUAGCCUUAACACAGCUUUCCGAGAAGACUUGAUUCACACAGCAAAUACGCCUCUUCAAAGCAGUCAAUUGGGCAUGAUUUGGGAAGAGUCGGAAGAAAUUGAUGAUGCAAUCGGAAAGAAAGAUGAAGGGCGAGACAUAUCUAGCCUUAUUAAGGAACUUGUUGAUGUACCUGAAGUGUAUAGUGCCUUGGACUACAAGGAUUACCGUGGAAAUUCUCCCUGUGUUAGUGAGCACGAUCUAGCUCAGCUAUCUCAGUUAAGCGCUAUUGACCAGAACGCUCUUGAAAAACUUCAGGAAUUAGAUCGGCUGACAUGCAAACUUCAGCGGGACUCGGCGAGCUUAAAAGAACUAAAAAGCCGUUUAUUAGAAUCUCCCCGCAAAACAAGAGGCACAUUGUCCAGCAAGUCUUUAGAACCAGACGAAGCGCAAGCGGAGCCCUGGGCACUAAGCUCUUCCUCCCGGGAGGACAGUUAUUUACUUUCUAGUGCAACACCAAGUACAUCUGGCUACAAAUCUAGAACAACUUCUCUUUUAGAAAUAGGCACUGGUGACACUGAUCUUGCCUCGUCGUUAGCUAGCUUUACCGGUACCGCAUCACCUGGGUCUACCUCCCCGAGGCAUAGAUCACUUUUGGAUUCAUCGUCAUCUCCAUACGGUACUUCAUCAAAACCUUAUGGAAGCUCUAUUCUGCACGGUGAUUUAACGGCCUCGUGUUCGUCCCUUGGCAAUAAGACUGCAACUGAAUUUAACACCGCUUCUACACACACAACCUCAGCGGACUCAAGCACAAAUUCGUCCAGAUUAUUAGACCCUGUUUCGAGUUCAAAACUCUCGGGCAGCGCCUCAUCAACUCGAGUAGCGGAAGGUGUUUCAAUGACGAGAUUGUCUGAAGGUCUCCCGUCAUCUCGAUUGUCUGAAGUCAUAUCAUCACCAAGACUAGGAGACAGUCUCCCUUCAACUAGGUAUACUGAAAGUUUAUUUUCAAGUUCAAGAGAGCGCGUUACUUCUCCAACGCCCUCUGCUUCUAGUGUAAGAACUAGAAAAGAUGGUUACAUAGAUAGUGGUAGAAUAGAUUCUGAUCUGUCAGAGAGUUUAGUUGGCCCCUUUGAUGCUUCCUCUAGCCCCCCGCCGCCAGCCCCUAAUGAUAAUGACAGACUUAACAGAAGAAGCUAUGAAGUUACGACUGAUGACAGUGCAGUGAUUGAAAGAUUAAUACAAGAAGAGCAACAGAAACAAGAAGCUGAAAGAAACACACUCAGCGCCAGUUUGGCACAACAACCCGGAAGACUGAGUCCCCAUACACCACGUUCGCCUAAGUCCCCAAGACUGUCACCAAAGCACCACGUAUCUAAAUCGUCUUCAUCAAAUAUCAUAGCUGCGAAGUCUGAUUCAGGUUUGUCUUCCAUGAGUGGGUGGUCAAGCUUGGAAAAGUCGCCAGGAUCACCUAAAAAUAGCAUAUGUGGAACUAACAAAACGUUACUACCUACAUACGAUAAUGCAUGCCUUGAACGGGAGACUCAGCAGUUGCAGCUAGACGCUGCUUUAGCUAGCAGUUCAAUGCACACAUCUCCUCGAAGAUCUCCUUUGCCGCCAUACGGAGAUCAACAUUCAGGGUUAUUGCCGGGUGGGCAUCAUGUAUCUGCCUUUACAACCGUUGGGGCAGGGAUCUCACUUGAAGAAUCCAGUAGACUGUCAAAUAUUGAUCUUUCCUCCUUAGGAUUUGUACCAGCACCUGCACCUAUGGCUGAUUUAUCAGCAAGCCCGAGCAAAUCUCGCGGGUCAUACUCUCAGUCAUAUUAUUCGUCAAAGUCGGGCACUGCAUCAGGGUAUAGUGAACUGCCGUACAGUAUGGACCAGUCAGCACUGUAUAGCGUGGCAGGAGGAAGCAGGCAACCAUCAUAUUCGUCUUUGUAUUCAAGCAGCACGUCUUUUAUAUCAAAAACAGCUCUGGAAUAUCCUGAUCUAAUAAGGCCACUUUCCGGAAGCCAGGCUCACAGCAGCUCGUCUUACUCUGUUUUCAAGCCAGAACCAGAAUUGCACCUCUCAACAAUAAACAGUGGAUUUCCCACUCCCACAAGAUCUCCCUUAGGCAACAGAGAAAAACGUACAAGACUUUCUCGUGUUCAUUCAACUGGCUCCGUCCCACCAGCGGGACUCCCGCAAAAUAUGAUUGGGGGUGUAGCAAAUUUGGAAGCUUACAAGACAGCAAUGUAUAGAACCAUGUUUCCUACUGGAAAUAUAACAGAUGCUCUCUCAUAUUACCCGACUAAUGUUUCUAGAAACGAAAGGUUGGCUUCUUCAUAUCGUGACGGCCAAUGGAUGAGCAGAUCAAUUGAUGGUACGGCUGAAAACCUUUCAUAUGAUCCUAGCAUGGCAUCUAUUAGUUCUAACGAUACAAGUACCGGCACAAUAAGUUAUUCGUCAGGCCAUACAACAAGUGCUGCCCGAUCUGACCGAAUACCAAAAUAUUCUUCAACCCCCAUGGCCCAAGCAUAUAGAUCACAAGCCAGUUCAAGUUCCUCCACAGAAUAUCAACAAAGAAGACCUGCGUCAGAAAUGGACUUAAGAUAUAGAAAUACUCUUGAGGAUUACGAACCUGGGACAUACAGACAGCCUGAUGAUGAGAGGCACUACAAUCAAAGUGGAGUUAUUGUCUCCCAAUCUGGGUACUUGUCCUUUGCAGCAGACAGCAGAAGAGAAGUACAGUAUCAACAAGUAGAACCUUCAGAAAGACCUCCAAAGAAACCGCGCAGAACUGGCAGUUUGAAACAGGCUAUGAGCUCAGUUAGUCAAUGGUUACCAGAUUUGAAAGAUCUGAAUGUAUUGUCGAAAAGACACCGAUCGAACUCUCUUCCAUCUGGCGUGCACACUGAUGAUACUAAAGUACCAAAAGACAAAGAUUAUAUGCGCUACUUUACGUUGUCAAGGGGGAGACACGGUGAGCAAGACGGAGGGAGUAGGAAAAAGAAGAGACACCCCCUUGUUUCUACAAUGUCAGGCUUUAUACAACGCGCCAAAAAAAGAGGUCCAUUUUUAAGACAUUCUCUAUCAGACACUGAAACAGAGCCAAACGAACCUGAGUGGUCCACCCCCAAAACCAUGAGAAGUCAGCGGAGCGUGGGAGCCGGUUCGGAUGGCGAAGAUGGUUCUUUUGAGCAUGGUUUUGACCGGGUUGUUUUUGACCGCGUCCCUCUUAGAACCAGUAUCCGGAAGCGGGAUUCCAUAUCAUCCUUAGAAACAAGAAGACUGGAUGACGAUGACUUUGCAGCAGACAACAGAUCUCAGUAUAGAGAAUAUCAGUCUGUGGACCAAGGUCAAGAAUCAUACAGCCGGAACAGAGAGGACAGUACUGACAUAUCAUCCCUCUUUGCUACGGUUGGAGAUGUUAAGAAAACUACGCCCAGCAACGGUUCUGAGUGUGAAGGAAAUUCACAGCAAGAAAACAUACAGAUUCCUCCAAUAACAAUACCAGCAGCAAACCGUGAGUUUGCAGCAUCACGAGCAUUAGGAAAGUACAGGCAGCGACAGAGCAGUAAUAGUGUUAGUGAAGCAAUGUCUGAAGGUUCUGAUGAAAAGACUGACGAGGGUCCGAGCCCUAGGACGAGCAGACACGUUGACAAUGACAUUGUACCAAAAAUAAGCGAGGAUGACUCUGCUAUUUUUGAAGAAAAAGAGAAAAAAAUUAUUGAAGAACCAACAAUCAUUGUCCCACAGCCGUCUCUAGGGCCUCUUCCUAUAAUUGAAUCGGAACCACCACCGCCACCGCCGAGGCUUGAUUCUCAAAUGCAAGCAACAGGUAUCUUUCAAGCCCCGUCUCCUCUGCCAUCUGUCGUACCUACACCAACACCCUCACCUCUACCAGAAAUGCCAGAGAAGCUGGAGAGUAGUCCAAGCCCAUCAAUGCAUAGAGGUCAAGCUCCAGGCAGACAUUUUCCGCCGCGACAUCAGCAAAGCUUAGAAAUUCCCUCAUUAAGUAGAGGAGGUGGUUCACUCGAAGACGAUGACAACAGAAGCACCCACUCUUGGAGAAGCACGUCACGAGUUUCAUCUCGCAGGCAAAGCACGGAAGAUAGCAUUGAUAGUGAGGACGAAUGGUAUUGGUAUGAGCUACGAAAACUGGAAGAAAUGGAAAGACAGUCCCAUUUAGACCACACGGAUCGCGAUGAAGCGUUGCCGAUACUUCCCACACAGUACGAACAAGAAGACGACGCAAAGCAACAAAUGUCCGUUGUUCUUCAGGAGCUUCGUCUUAAAGUGAAGGCAACGCCACCAAUUGAAGAAUUAACUGCACAACAAGCGCAACGAUUUGGGGGUGUUGGCGAAAGCUUAGAAGAAGAAACACAGCCAGACACGAAGUUAAGCGAGGAAAUUAUUAAAUCUGGUGAACGCCUAUUGGAACGUGGUGAUGAAGAGCACUCGUCUGGAGAAACGAGUGGGCCAGACAGCCCCCAACAGACUGAUAUUGAAGACGAUUCUGACGCGGCCGCGGCGGAGGAAGAGGAAAUAGCAAGGUCAAGGAGAAGUUCCAGUGGUUCCACGUUACGACAACAACACAUGCAAGGCUCUGACUCACUAAGCCGAGAUGGCUCACUAAGUGUCGGUCCAUCGGAACGUUCAAUGUCUGUGCAAGGUGAUUCAGAAGAGACUGCAACCCUAAGAGAGGGCUCGCGAUCAGCAAGCGUGGGCCAGAGCGACGAGGGAGACAGAAGAGGUUCUACAGCGACGACAACAUCUGCAGGAGCAAAACUGCGAUUUGGCGAAUCUGACAGCUUUUCCUCGUCCAAAGAAGAAGGGUCGAAGUGGAAGCUUCUCAAAGCUCUCAAAGAAAGAAAGGCGGAAGAAAAAACUGCACAAGAGGAAAAAGCUGCAGCCGCAGCGGCCGCAAAAGAGAAUGGAACCGGCGGGGAGAGCAAUCGGACCAGUGGGCAUCCGGGAGACAACCCAUUCUACAGCAAUAUCGACAGUAUGCCGGACAUCAGACCCAGAAGAAAAUCGAUUCCACUUGUAUCCGAGCUUGUGCUCAAGACCAUGGCUGCCACCAAACGGAACGCUGGACUCACCUCGGCAGUGCCGCGCGCCACGCUCAACGACGAAGAACUCAAAAUGCACGUGUACAAGAAGACGCUGCAGGCGCUCAUCUACCCCAUCUCGUCCACCACGCCGCACAACUUCGUGCUCUGGACGGCCACCUCGCCGACGUACUGCUACGAGUGCGAAGGGCUGCUGUGGGGCAUCGCGCGCCAGGGCGUCCGCUGCACCGAGUGCGCCGUCAAGUGCCACGAGAAGUGCAAGGACCUGCUCAACGCGGACUGCCUGCAGCGUGCCGCCGAGAAAAGCUCAAAGCACGGCGCCGAGGACAAGGCCAACUCUAUCAUUACCGCCAUGAAGGAGCGCAUGAAGCAGAGGGAGACGGAGAAGCCGGAGAUCUUCGAACUCAUCAGGUCCGUGUUCAGCGUCGAGGAGAAGAACCACGUUGGCCACAUGCGCGCGGUGAAGCAGUCUGUGCUCGACGGCACGUCCAAGUGGUCCGCCAAAAUUGCCAUCACAGUGAUCUGCGCCCAGGGCCUCAUCGCCAAGGACAAGAGCGGCACGUCGGACCCCUACGUCACGGUGCAGGUGGGCAAGGUGAAGAAGCGCACCAGGACCAUGCCGCAGGAGCUGAACCCCGUCUGGAACGAGAAGUUCUUCUUCGAGUGCCACAACUCUUCGGACCGCAUCAAGGUGCGCGUCUGGGAAACGGGCUGCGGCAGGCUGAGGCGAGCGCUUUCUCCCCUUUGCCGCCGAGACUGACCCCACCCUCCCUCUUUCCAGGUGCGGACGCUCUCCGGCGAGAUGGACGUGUGGUACAACCUGGAGAAGCGGACGGACAAGUCGGCCGUGUCGGGAGCCAUCCGGCUGCACAUCAGCGUGGAGAUCAAGGGCGAGGAGAAGGUGGCGCCCUACCACAUCCAGUACACGUGCCUGCACGAGAACCUGUUCCACUCGCUUUGCGAGGAGAACGGCGGCGCCGUGGUGUUGCCGCAGGUCAAAGGGGACGAGGCGUGGAAGACGUACUUCGAGCCGUCCGCCCAGGAGAUCGUGGAUGAGUUCGCGAUGCGCUAUGGCAUAGAGAGCAUCUACCAGGCCAUGACCCACUUCCACUGCCUAUCUACCAAGUACCUGUGCCCUGGAGUUCCCGCUGUUAUGAGUACACUGCUAGCCAACAUCAAUGCAUACUAUGCUCAUACGACUGCCUCAUCAGCUGUGUCAGCUUCAGAUCGGUUUGCUGCUUCCAACUUUGGAAAAGAAAAGUUCGUCAAACUGCUUGAUCAGCUACAUAACUCACUCCGAAUAGACCUAUCCAUGUAUAGAAAUAACUUCCCUGCUUCAAGCCAAGAAAAAUUAAUGGAUCUUAAGUCAACUGUUGAUCUUCUUACAAGUAUAACAUUCUUCAGAAUGAAGGUACAGGAAUUAUCAUCACCACCCCGGGCAUCUACAGUGGUGAAGGACUGUGUUAAAGCCUGUUUACGCUCCACAUAUCAGUUUCUGUUUGAAAAUUGUUAUGAAUUGUAUAGUCGAGAGUAUCAAGUUGACCCUAAUGAACCGAAGCAUGAUGAGCCAGGGCCGCGCCUCGAUUCUCUCGACUUUUGGCACAAGAUUAUAGCAUUGAUUGUUUCUGUGAUUGAAGAGGACAAGAACUCUUAUGGACCCGUACUGAACCAAUUUCCACAAGAGCUCAAUAUUGGAGCAUUAUCAGCAUCCACUAUGUGGUCUCAAUUUGCAAUAGAUAUGAAAUAUGCUCUUGAGGAGCACGAGCAACAUAGACUGUGUAAAUCUUCUGCAUACAUGAAUCUUCAUUUCAAGGUUAAAUGGAUGCACAACAACUAUGUGAAAGAUGUUCCACCUUAUAAAGGAGCUGUUCCUGAAUACCCUGCGUGGUUUGAGCCUUUUGUGAUGCAAUGGCUGAAUGAAAAUGAUGAUGUUUCAUUAGAAUAUUUACAUGGUGCAUUUACCAGAGACAAGAAGGAUGGGUUCCAAAAGAGUAGUGAACAUUCCCUAUUUUCAAAUUCAGUAGUUGACGUGUUUACACAGCUGACUCAGUGUUUCGAUGUAGUGUCUAAGCUAGAAUGUCCAGAUCCUGAAAUUUGGAAGCGUUACAUGAAGCGGUUUGCAAAGACUAUUGUUAAAGUUCUUGUUGCAUACACGGACAUUGUGAAGAAAGAAUUCCCUGUCAAUGUGAAAGAUGAAAGAGUUGCUUGUAUUAUGAUGAAUAAUAUUCAACAAUUAAGAGUCCAAUUAGAAAAGAUGUUUGAAUCCAUGGGAGGAGAUAAGUUAGAAGAAGAUGCAGCCAAUAUUUUGAAGGAGCUUCAAGCAAAUCUGAACAACUGUUUAGAUGACUUAGCUGUCCUGUUUGCUGUCAGCCUUGAAACUAGGAUCACACAGAGUGUGAAAGAAGUCGGUGACAUCUUGGUUGGCAUUAAAGGAGGUGGUCAAAUUUCUAGUAUGAAUCAGCCUCCACCUAGAGGUAUGGUGAGUGCAGAGGCAGAUGAGGUACUAAGACCGCUCAUGGAUCUGCUAGAUGGCUCACUCUCCUUGUAUGCUGAAUCAUGUGAGAAAACAGUCUUGAAGAGAUUAUUGAAAGAGCUCUGGAAAAUUGUCAUACGCAUUUUAGAAAAAUCUGUUGUAUUACCACCAAUGACAGACAAGAGUAUGAUCCUGAAAAAUUUGACUGACAAUGCAAAGAAUUUAGCCGCUAAUGCGAAAAUAGAAGACAUGUCUAGACUAUUCAAAAAUCAUAUGGCUAGUAAACAGGAUGUAAAGAAUGCUUUAAGUGGUGUUAUGGUUGAGAAAAAUCUUUCUCCCAAGCAGUGUGCUGUGCUAGAAGUGGCUCUUGACACAAUAAAACAAUAUUUCCAUGCUGGUGGAAAUGGCCUCAAGAAAACCUUCUUAGAAAAGAGUCCGGAGCUGCAAAGUUUGAGAUAUGCUCUUUCGUUGUACACGCAAACCACAGACACACUUAUCAAGACUUUUGUCACUACUCAGCAGAAUGAAGUCCCUCAACCUCUAAACAAAGAGAAAUCUUUACGUCAACGCUCAGUCUCGAGUGACCGUGAGCCAGAAGAGGGUGACAUGGACGAAUAUGAUGAACCUGUAAGGCCUAGAAAGCCCACUGAAUCACAAGCAGAUAAUAUGAGCCUAGAUGAUGGAAGUGUUGGAGAAGUGUCAAUUCAAGUUGAUCUUUUCACUCAUCCUGGCACAGGGGAACACAAAGUAACAACAAAAGUCGUCGCUGCUAACGACCUAAAGUGGCCAACUGCGACUGGCAUGUUUAGACCAUUUGUUGAGGUGAAUCUCAUUGGGCCCCACCUGGCAGAUAAGAAGCGCAAACAAGCAACCAAGUCUAAAUCAAACAAUUGGUCUCCAAAGUUCAAUGAGACUUUCCACUUCACAAUUGGUAAUGAGGAGCAACUAGAUUACUUCGAGCUACACAUAUGCGUGAAGGAUUACUGCUUUGCGAGGGAUGACCGUCUCAUAGGUGUGGCUGUUAUGCAAUUAAAGGAUGUAGCGGACCAGGCCUCGUGUGCUCGGUGGCUUUCCCUAGGAAAACGCUGCAAUAUGGAUGAGACUGGGUGGACAAUUUUGCGCAUUUUAUCGCAGAGAAACAAUGACGAGGUGGCUAAGGAGUUUGUGAAAUUAAAAUCUGACAUCAGACAAGAAGAACCCAUCCCACCUAAUGCUUAGUGUAUCUGUGUUACUCCUUCUCGUCUUCCAAUUUCAACUUUGUGGUUUAAAGCCACUCCUUCUUGCUGCUGGUACAGCAGUUCUGCUGUGUGGCUGACUUAUUCUUCUUCCUCACCUUUGAGAUGUGACUAACACUAUUUGUUUUUGGACAUUUUAUACCCAUUUCAAUUGUGACCAACAAUACUAUUAUGUACACAAAGAGUGAAAAUGUUUGUCACAAUAGUCUUCCAUGAGUAAAGCGUCCCUGUACAGUUUUUUUUCCUUUCCUAUGUGUGAGUGAUUUUAGGAAAGCUUUAAUGCAUUUUGUGCUCAGCAUGGAAGCAAGCCUACAAAAGUCCAGCCCAAAGAGAUUUGACACCAAAGUGUUUCCUUAAAAAUGUCCCUGAACCAAUUUUUUUGUUUGGUGGGGAAAUGAGGAUGUUUUUGCCUACUUACCGGCUGCUUCCAUCCAUGCACAGUGUUCAACAUCUUUGGAUUGUCUCUGUUUGUACUUCCUACUAUAGACCCUCUGAAUUUGUUUUAUUUCUUACAGUUCAUCAUAAGAAGUAUCUUUCCUUUAAAAAAAUCUGUGUUAUGUAAUUAAUUGCAGUGAUAUGACUUCAAAUGUAUAUUUAUAUAUACAAAUAAUAAAAUUGCUGUAUAUGUAUCUAUACGGAAAAGAAAAGUAUGAAAGAAUAAGUGAACUUCUUCCUUCUAUCAUAGAAAGAUUGAAAAAUUGUUCAAUUCAUCAUUUCUGUUCAUACUGUGUGCAAAAGACUGCUUGAAGGAACAUACUGUUAUCUUUCAUCUUUUGAAUUUUAUCUUGAUUAAUUUUUUCGACUUUUUUCUUUGUAGUAUUCAUCAGUGCAUUAGAGUGUUCACUACUUUUUAAUUGUUUUAAGCUCUUUCAUAUCAUUCCCUUUCAUUCAUUUAUCUCUCGCAUUGUGAAAAUCAGUUUAGGGUUGUGAUAAACACAGGGAACAGUAGGACUUCACGGGAAUUGGAGGCACAAAAAUCUCAGAUACUCAAAAAGAUGUAAACUGUUCUGCAAAUGAUCCUCCCUUCCAUUACAUUGAUUUGUUGCAUAUCAUUUACAUAUGAGGUGAUACUUUUGUUAGAACUUGAUAUCCUGGGAGCAUUUGCUAUCAGUUUCUGAGAUCUCGUUGUUAUUAUUAUGUUAUUGGUUGGGAAACAACAGCUGGUUGGGGCAGCUUAUGGUUUUAUAGAUAAAACCCUGCCAAAAAGAAGUUGCCUGCCCGAAGAUACCGCUAAUUUCUAGAGGUCUGGACACUAAUAGAGUACAACUUGAUCACAGUCGAAACUUCUGCUGACUAGUUGAUUUGUUAGCUCACUGCAAUACAUAUUGAUUGUCAAACAUUCAGAUUCAUUUUUAGACUUACUUUCUCAUCAGAAGUUAAUUUGUCACCAAAUUUUUGGCUUUCAUGUAAAUUUUGUCAUCAUAGUUCAAAAUUAGUCAGUUUGUGAAACUGCUGUCAUAAUUUUUUUAGUUGUAGUUUCAUUUGAAAUGGAGUUUGAGGACUGCAUAUUCAAAGCCCCCAAUUUAUUCUUGCAAAUACUGUUGGUUAAGAUGUCGCUCGCAGAGGUUGUCCUCUUCUGACAAUAAAAUGUUCAAAUAUGAGCCCAUUUAAUCCUUGAUGUUUAAAACUCUAUUGAUUUCUCUUUUUCUAAAUUCUGUCUUUUCUUACCUUCCAAUUUUGGUAUUCAUACCUAGGUACUUGUGAUUUAAUUGUCAAGCACACUGUAAAUAUGUCUUCAUGUAAAAAAAAAAUG